CGGCAGGCGGCAUCUGCUGUCCGCUAGCGCCAGUCUCCGGCGGGCGGGCGACGACCCGUAGCGUCAAUCACCGUCGCCGCUGGCCCGGUCAAUCUAACCGGUCCUGCACGGCCGGGGAAUUUGAGCGCCAUGUCCAGCCACGAUUCUCUUCUCCCCAGUCCAGUCUCCGGUGCCAGAUCGUGCGUGCGUGCAUAUAAGCCGCGGCCACUCCGUUCCCCGGCUCGUAAGCUAAGCUAGCACAGUACUGUGGCGACAUGGCAAGGCUCCUCCUCCUCGCCGCCGACCACGCCGCCGGAGCGCCGGGGGCGGCGAGUCUCGUCCUCGUCCUCGUCGUGGUGCUCGUCGUCGCGGCGGUCGUCGUGUCGCUCUGCACCACCAGCACGCACGCGAAGCUGUGGGGGCGGCAGCGCGGGUCCUCCUCGUCCGCGCCGUUGCCGAAAUCGGACAGCAGCGUCGGCGCGAGCAACCGGAGGCGCCUGCUGUCGGCCACGCUGAGCGGGAUCGGCGGCAAGGCGGCCAGGAUGGUGUCGUGGAACAGGCGCUCUCCGGCGCCGGGCGGCAGCAGCGACGACGAGGAGGCGGUGGCCGAUCUGGGGCUGGACGACGACGACGAGGCCGUGUGGCGGAAGGCCAUCAUCAUGGGGGACAAGUGCCGGCCGCUCCAGUUCUCCGGGCACAUCGCCUUCGACUCCGACGGCAACCAGCUGCCCCCGCCGCCGCCGGCGGCAAUCAAGAAAGCCGGCCCCGACGUCCACGCCGAGAAUUAAAAUUAACAUCUCGAGUUCUCGAUCACCCGUGGACGGACGUUCGCGUCAACUAAUCAAGUCAACCGAGUCGCGGUUUCUUCUUCUCGAUUUUUGGUGUACUCGUAUGCACGUACGUAGCGACGGCAUGCAAAGGUUUGGCGCGUCCGGUGUACUCGUAUGCACGUACGUGAGUGAGUUGUACAUAAAGUGUGUCAUGUGCCCUUCAUUUUGGAACAAA